AUGCCCCCUGGUGCGGCGGCCUCUGCUCCUGGCACUCCUCGCGCUGCUCCUGGCUCUCCCGCGCCUCGGGCUGCUGGUGGCUCCACGACGGUUGACGGUGGUGGCGACCCACUGCAACUCCCUGGAGCCGACCCGUGGGCCAAGAGGCCGCGGACAACGGACGGUGGUGGCGAGCGCGGGGCUGCCCAGCUGGACGCCAAGCUGGCCACUGUCAAGGCAGAGGUCAUCGCGAACUUCGGCGAGCAGCUCAAGGGUCCGUUGGCGGCGGUCGUGGCCCAACAAGCCUCCCAGAACGCUCAGUUCAGAGGCGACAUCAGCGAGCUCCAGACCUCGGCGCAGCGCCUCGAGGAGUCGAACAAGCAGAUUCGAGAGCAGCUCGCGGACAUGCGCAAGCAGCUCCACAUGCAGGAGGCCCAGAUCCCCAUCAAAGACUACGAGGGCCUGCUGGAGUGGGACCGCGACGCCGACACCAGCAUCAUUGUGGGCACCGCUGCCGAGAACUUCACUGCUGAAAAGUUCAAGGAGAGCAUCCAGCCCAUCAUGGACAGAUGUGAGCUGGAACCUGAUCAAUGGUCUAUCCAAGGGAAGAGUCCUGCACGCCGAUUCGUGGUCCAGUUCUCGGGUCAGGCCAGUGCGGCCGCGCGCAAAGUCCGCGCCUUCUACGCCAAGCUCAAGCAAGUGGACGGCUCCUGGCUCCAGACGGAGGUGGCCAACGUCCACGGGCAGACCUCGCGGCUCUACCUCGGCCUGGACCGCUCGGCGAAAUCGGCACGGUGUGAGUUCCAAUACAAGAAGCUCGCGCAGUUCGGUCGUGAGCACGCCCCUGACAAACGUUGGCGUGCAGAUCGCCAGCAAGGUGUCAUCUACUGCAACAACAUGGCCGUGGUCUCGGUGGUGGUCGGUGCCACUCGAGAGACUCCCUCGCGCGUGCUCUUCAACUACGACGGGUGCUCUACUCACUCCAUCAACAGGGACGCCAUCAAGCAGAGCUUCGAAGAGUUCUUCAAGACCACCUUGGAGGAGAGAGAGAGCAUCUCGUUCACCGCAUGGAAUGCGCGUGCUCUGCUAUGCAACAAUUUCAUGCAACGGCGGCGCAAGCUCCAGUGCAUGUCUGAGGCGCUGCGCUCCACCUCCCUGCUGGCCCUGCAAGAAGUACACGGCUCACAUCAUGAACUCCAGCAUGCGGUUCACCUCGCGCACAUUGAGGCGUCGAUCUUCUCUUCCAUUCCCGAACGGGGCGCGGGUGGCGUGGCCAUCAUUGCCCCUGGCCUUCCACAAUCCAUAGCUGACGACGAGUCGCGCUUCACACACACGGAGCUGGUCCCUGGCCGAGCGCAGCGCCUUCUCAUCAAGACGAUGUCGGAGUCUGAGGCGGCCCAAGGCGCACUCCCGAACAUGGUGGUCAUUUACAAUGUUCACAACUUCAGGCUGACGGCGCAGGAGGUUGACAAGGUCGCGGGCUCCAUCCGCGCCGAGGUGAUCACCGCCUCGCAGCAGCCUGAGCGCAUCGCGAUCCUCGUCAUGGGUGACUUCAACUUCAUGGAUGAGGCCCCCCUGGAGAUGAAGGCGCCGCUGGUCAACAAAAGCCUGCCACGAUUGCGCCGACACAACCCUGAACACCAGCUCGCCUGGGAGUCGGUGCUGACGAACAUGACGGAGUUGGACCCUGAAAUUCCUACACACUACACGGAGCAGUCACAGCAGUGCACGCGGAUUGACAAGAUUUACAUCAGCACCCCGCCAUGGAUGCCACUGCAGUGGUGCGCACGAGCAGAUGUCCCGCUGGCCCCUGAAGUUCUUUAUGACCGAGGCCCUGUCCACCUGCGCUUUGCCCACCGGCAACAGGAGGAGAACGGACAGCUCCAGCCCAUCCCAAUGUACAUCUUCGAGCACCCUCUCUUCGAGCACUACCUGGGCACCCUGAUG